AAGUGGAUGCAGAGGAAGUGCAAUUGCAUCGCCCCGGCGGUGAACCUGCGCCUGUGCUCCAUUGCCGGGGAGGUUCGGGAAGUCGGUGUUCGGGACGAUUGGACCAUGGCUCAGGUGAAGCGGAAGAUGCAGCAAGUCCAUCUCAUCCCGGCAUACCAAGUGUGCUUGAGUGUCGGAGGGGCCAUUCUGCAAGACCGGUGCGUUGUGAGCCAACUUCAGCUCAAGGGUUCCGAGACAGUGUCUUGGGUGCGCAGGCAUCCAGACGUGGCUCUGUGGCUGAAUCUCGUCCAGCAGGACUGGCAGAACAUCCGGACUGCUCCGGACAUAGCCCGCAAGUCGGCCGAGGUGAUGUUCGAAGUGAUGCGUCAAUCGCACGAAGGGCUGCAGCAUAUGGACACCGAGUUGCUUCGUGACGCGUACUUCCUUGGUCAGGCCUGUGAAAUGCGCGGCUUUCCGGGCUCCGACGUGCUUCCGCAAAGGUGGUUGCAAGAUGUCGUGGAUGUGUUGCUGCUCCUCGCCUUCGCCGCAGCGACCAAGGACGAGGCUGCCUCGCAAGUUGCAUUGACCUCUGCCGCCCUUUCAAAGACAAGCGCCUGGGACUCCGUGUCCCUGGUUGUGACGCUGGUUUCCAAGGUGGACCUGGCAUUUGCCAUCAGGUCCAGCCUCUUGGAGAGGCUCCAGGGGCUUCCGCCCCAAGCCUUGGCCGAGGGCUUCAACGACUGGGCCAAAGCCGACCUCGGCUUGGCCUUGCGUUUGCUUGAGGCCCAGCAAGCUGCCAGGGAGAACCCUGCCCGGUUCCGUGCUCGUCAAGACGGCCAAAGGCGCCUAAAGAACAUGCCGAAAACAGCUUGGGGGCAUCAUGAAUUCGCUUUUAAAGUCUUCGUCGACCAUGAGGAUCGGUUGUCAAGUGCCGACUUUGAGCGAUUGCUUCGCCACAUGGUCUUCAACAGGCUGCUCCCUGAAGAGGUCUUUCGGCUUGUCCUGGCAUGUCUGGCCCAUGCGCAGCCUGCAGCGGCUCGAGAGCUUUUCGUGUUCGCCGCCAACACGGAUGAGACGGAAGCUAUCCGGCUCAUGCUGAAGACAGAACUCCCGCUGACAGCUCUGGGUGGCAACAUGUCCGAGGUUGCACGCGCUUCCAUUUUCCAUGCAGUGAUGUCUGAUUGGGCACCGCAUGGGUCGCGAGACAUGGCUGCCCUGCUUUCCUGCAUAGAAGAAGAUCGCCGGCACAUUCAGCAGCUUCUCACAUGGGCUCGGGCGAACAAAUGCGUGGCCAUUGCAGCGAACCACCACUUGGAGGAUGCCCUGCUGCUUGCCCUGGCGAGCAGAGUUGAGGUCGGCUCUCUUCUCAUGUGCACUCUGGCUGCAUGUGGUGUCCUACCUGCUGCACUAGCGCCAGAGAUUCCCUUGGAGUGGCUGGGAGACUUGAGGGCACUCCCUGAAGGUAGGCAGGUCGUAACGCAAGGGCUCCUGGCACAGUUGGAGCCUUGUGAAGACGAGCAGCUAGUCCAGCGGAUGCGCCGUUUCUGGCAAUUCGAGGUGUGGUCACAGGUGGAUGGCAGUACAUGCGAAAGAGCUGUGAGAUUGCUUUCCAGGUUCUGCCAAGCCGAGCAAGGCCCCGCCGCAGUGGUUUUUGCUUGCAAAGUCCUACGCGGGCUGCCCUUAAACGAGCUUCCCGGAGCCGAGCUUCUGUAUGAGCCCUCGCUGCCCGCUCAAGGGAUUGGAAUCCGUGCGGAGCAGCUUGCGCAUUCGUUGGCCAACGAAGCCAAGCAAGCUGCAAAGGGUGCUCUCGAGAAGGCUCAGGAGGCUCUGCGAGAGGCACAAAGAGCCCUACGCCAGGCCGAACAAGCCCAUCGUGGGGCGGAUGGAACGCGAGACUUGGCACGCCAAGCUGUACAGACGGCGCUGCGCGGCGAGCAGCUAGCGCUGCAGGAGCAGAGGCUAGACCUCAUCAAUACGCUGAACGAGGUGACAGAAGGCAAGAUUUUUGUGGAGGUGGAGAAGGCACGCCUCACUUCGAUGUUGGCCAACAUGAAGGAGGAGGAGGGCAAGGUAGACGAAGCAGCGAGCCUGAUACAAGAGGUUCAGGUGGAGUCCUUCGGAGCUAUGGAACGGCGCGAGAAGACAGAGUACAUCCUGAAUCAGAUGCGCCUGGUCCUUGCGAAGAAGGACUUCGUCCGGACCCAGAUCAUCAGUAGGAAGAUCAACCCGAAGCUCCUCGACGCAGACGACUUCCAGGACUUGAAAAUCCGAUACUACGAGUACAUGAUCAGAUACUGGCUGCAUGAGGGGAAGUUCUUGGAUGUCGCCAAGUGCACCUUGGCGAUCUUCAACACGCCCUCGGUCAAGUCCGACGAGUCCAAGUGGAUAGAGUGGCUUACGGCCUACUGCAUCUACCUGGUGCUGUCUCCUUAUGACAACGAGCAUGACGACAUGCUCCAAAAGCUGGAUAGCCUCGAAGGCAAAAAGCUAGACAAGGUUCCGACGUACAGGAACUUGAUCAGGAUCUUCAUGAAGAAGGAGAUCGUGAACUGGCCCCUCGCCAAAGAGGAGGAGCUGAGGAAGCACGCAGUCUUCCAGGACUCGCCCCACGAGGGCGCCAAGGAAAGAUGGGAGCUGCUGAAGAAGCGCGUGGUGCAGCACAACAUCAAGGCGCCUUUCCCAUGGUGGAGAGAGCUGUGCAGCGGGUUCCCAGGCGUUUUUUUUGUACCGCAGGGCUUGGGAGAUUAA